AUGGCAGAUCAAUUGAAAUUUGUUGACUCUCACAAUAUCGUUGGAUAUCUCUUUGAUCCACCUGCCGCGCACAAUGAAUUCAAAUCCAUGAUCGUGGGUUUGAACAAUUGCAGAAUUUCCCACACUCCACGUGUCAAUCCAGUCAUACGCAAGGACAUGAUUAAUGAUUUUUGGAGGAAUGCAUCGUUCAACUGUGCAGGAGUGGAUGGUGCUGGUGCUAUUGAAUGUUCUGUGAAAGGCAAGCAAAUCAUUAUUACAAAGAAAGUCAUUAGGGAUCCUUGGUUUUUACAAAUGAUCUUUGAUGGCAUGCAUCCCGAGCUCAAAAGGACCCCUGAUACUCUUGAUGUCAAGUCAUUGGGUCCAAACACCUUUGGACUCAUGAAACAAGUACGAAAAGCGUCAAUGGUUGUUUUCAAGGGAACAGAAGCACUGGUGAAAUUUGGAAAAUUCGCAGAGACAGAAGGUGUUAAAACUGUUGGUACUCCAGUUGCUACGGAGGCCGAGGAACAUGUGGUGCCAUCAAAAUCAAAUCUUAGUUUUUCAUUUGAGGUUUCUGAUGAUGAUGAUGAUGAUGAUGAUGAUGAUGAGGAUGAGGAUGAGGAUGAGGAUGAGGAUGAUGAUGAUGAUGAUGAUGAUGAUGAUGAUGAUGAUGAUGUUUUUGUUUUUGAACCAUCGAAGGAGCCAGUCAAUGAGGCUGUGAUUUCUCCAGCUAGGAGAGAGAAAGAAAUCAACAUUUUCGAGCAACCAAACGAUCCAAUACCCGAACAGAUGGAAGCCCUUAUCGAAAAAUUUCAUCCAACUUCGAGGAAGCCACCCCAAGUCGUUCUUGUUACUACUGAGUCUCCAUCUAGGAGUGAUAAAGACGAUUCAAAUACCUCCCUAAUGUGA